CCCUUCCCUCUUUUUCCCCCAUUUCUUCACUUUCCCAGGCACCAAACCCCCCCAAAUCUCAACCGCCCUUUCCUCCCAACUUUGCGCCACUUUGUGAGUGCCAUAAAAAAGCAACUCCACCAAACACCAGCACAACCCUUUCUUGCUUCUCGCCAUCGUCGCGUCAAAGCAGCACUUGAUUUACAGCGCCCAUCGGCCCUAAAUCCUCUCUACCUCACCACAACCACCAAAAACACAACCAUCACAAUGCCUCGCCCCUCAAAGAAGGCCCUCGCCGCUACCCCCAGCGCUCCCGUCGCUGCCGUUCCCGUCGCGCCUGCUCAGCCCGUGCAGCCCCUCCAGAUCCCCCAAAGACACAUUGAUGUCGAGGGUUUCAUUCGCGUCCGCGACUCGGUUCACCAGCGCCUCAUCACCAUCCUGGAGUUGAUCAAGAACUUCUCCGAGGACUACUACCGCCAGACCAGCCUGCUUCUCGGCGAGUCUGCACACGAGGCUAUCCCGGGCAUUGACCACCCUUUGAACACCUUGGAGCACGCUGCCCAGAGCAUCGCUCCCCUGGCCCUUGGUCUCCAGCCCGGUGUUGCCUACCACCCUGCCCCUGUUGAGGAGAAGAAGGAGCGCAAGAAGCGCACCCACGACCCCAAUGCUCCCAAGCGCCCCCUGACCCCCUACUUCCUGUACAUGCAGACCGCCCGUCCCAUAAUUGCCAACGACCUUGGUGAUGCCGCUCCCAAGGGUGCUGUUCAGGAAGAGGGCCAGCGCCGCUGGAAGGCCAUGAACCUUCAGGAGAAGGCCGGCUGGAACAACGCUUACCAGUACAACCUCCGCCUCUACCAGGCUCGCGUCCACUCCUACAAGCAGGGUGGCAACCUUGAGGCCAGAAACAUGGACGAUGAUACCGCUCUCAAGUACGCCGAGGAGCACAACAUCCAGAUCAACCCUGUUGAUGUUGUCCCCGAUGUUGAGGAUGCCAUCGCCGAGCAGCUCAACCAGGCCAACACCGUCGAUGCUCCUGGUGAAGAGGAAGAGGAGGAGGAAGUCCCUGCUCCCGUCAAGACCCCCAAGAAGCCCGCCUCUACCCGCAAGCGCAAGACCGCCACUCCUGCUGCUGAGCCCGAGGCCAAGGCUGCUGCCACUCCCGCAAGCCCUGACAAGAAGCGCCGCCGCACAUCCACCAAGGCCGCUGACGCCACUGAGUCAGCGGAGCCUGCCAAGAAGAGCAGAGCGAAGAAGGGCAAGAACUAAGCAUUUUGCUUCUUUCCACCCCUCCUUCUACUCGUUUUUUCUUGUUUCUAGGUUUCUGGGUUUUUGCAAAGAUGAUACCUCGUUGCGCGGCGGCUUGUCGUCGAUCCUUACCCCUUUACUGUCCCUAUGCUGGCGCAGAUAUACACGGGUGUGUGAGGUUCUGAACUGGAGGGGGAAAAAAGGAAGGAUCACAUCUACUUCGGUCCUCGGUCGUUGCGUGAGCCUACUGCGCGCGCAACGCGGUGUGUAUGAUUUCACAAGGCGUGUGGUUUUGGGACGGUUUUUCCAACGGAUACAACACGUGUGAGAGAGAGAAAGGAAUACAAAACUCCCAACUUGAGUGUGGGCGGUUUAUGGAUCCAAUGGGCUUUUGGUUUGGGCUGGCUCUGCUUGUUUUCCAGUUAGUCCUGUAUGUAUAAUGACGGACAUGAGAGAAUCAAACAAUAUUGAUCUUCAC